AUGCUGCGCAUGUUCAUCCUGCCCAGCUCCCGUUUCCCAUACGCCUCGCUGACCAUUUGCAGCCACAGGGGGCAGCGCUUCGUGCUUGCCAUGCAGGGAGCCCCCUGGGCCAGCCCGCUGAGCCAGCACCUCCCCGUCCACGUGACCUUGGCGAGGGCGGAGGGGCCUGGGCAGCAAGCCCGCCUCGGCCACGGCAUAAGGCACCGGGCGCCCUCGCUGCAGGUCGCCUCCCGCGCGCGAGCGUUCGAGCUUGGCGGGCGGAGCAGCCCGCACUCUGCCCUCUGCAUCCUCGAGAGGCGCGCGCCUCCGCCCGGCAUCCGGCCCGCCCGGCCCGCGGGGCUUGCCGGGGCGAUGCCCGCAGACGCCGCCGCGGCAGCCGAAGACGCCGCCGCCGCCGGGGCGGCAGGCGGCAGCUCUGCCAGCAAGCCGGCGGUGGCCGCCUCCGAGGAGGUGGAAGAAGAGGAAGAUGAGUUCGACCGCUUGCAGAGGCUGGCCCGAGAAAAGCAAAGAGCUCGCCGGAAGUACCGGAACAAAAAGUUGCAGUACCAGUUCCUGUUCAAGGCCGGCGCCUUCAUCAUCAUGUUGACGAUCGUGCUCAUAACCAAGAAGGUUCAGGCAUGGAUGGGGCAUGGAAAAGACAAGGAGGGCGCCAAAGCCGCCCCAUCGCCGCCCGGGCCCGAGCCGCCGCUGUUUCCCGUGCCGGAGUCGACGCUCCCCGAGAAGGGCGAGCUUUGA